AUGUGGUCCUGCCUGCUGAUUUGCACCAGGUGUUCCUCGGCCCAAUUGCCCAUCCUUUGCGACACCCGGCUGGGCGAGGUCAACUCGGCUGGCUUGCUGGUCGACGAAACGCUGGGCGAGAGGCUGUGGCCCACUUUUUGCCAUUGGGACGUGAACUGCGUCGGGGCCAGCGUCAACAACGUGAUGUGCCUCGACCUCCGACUUAGUGUGAAGGAGCUAGAGUACGGGUGCGACAUGAUCAAGACCACACCUUUGGGGGCGUGGACCAGCUUCCGCUACCCCGAGCACGGCCUGCGAGCAGUGCGUCAGAACCCCGGCGUAGAAGACAGGCUUGUGGGGAGGAAGGUCGACCAGGGCGAGCGACCCCCUCUCGACCACGACGAAUGCUUCAACAGCCUCUCGUGCGGAUCCCAACUGACGGACCUCAUCGGGCGUUGCUGGCACAAAGACCCCGAGGCGAGACCUUCCGCAGCCGCCGUGGUUGAGGAAUUGCGGUCCAUCUAUCCAGUUGUGCCCUGGACGGACCUGCACUUCGCAGGUGGCCAAGACGUGGACGGAGGUGGUCAACCCCGCCAGGUGCUGCAAGGCUGGUGGCAAAACGCUCCGGUCACCAUCGAGGUUGUCGACAUGGAUGACAUCACCUGUUCCCAGUUCCUCGCUCAGAUCGCCAUGCUCAGGAACCUGAAUCACGCCAACAUUGUCGGGUUGCUCGCUGCGAGCGAGCAGGAGGGCAAGCAGCACGCGGGGCUCGUGUGGGAGUCAGCCGAGCAUGACGACCUCCACCCAGCUUUGCCCAACGCGGACGCAUGGCGGGCUCUGUCGACAAGUAUGAAACUCGCCUGUGUCGCCGAUGUCGCCGAGGCGCUGGACUACCUCCACUCCCAGAGCCCACCAAUCAUACACGGCCGUACGACCACCACGUGCCUCUUCCUGAUUCGUUUCUGCCUGACGAAGUUGAUCGACAGGCAUAAGCCCUAG